AUGGGUUCCGUGGUCCUGCAGCUGUGCACUCUCUCCUGCCUGCUGGUUCACUUGGUUUCUGGCAACCCUAUCAUGAGUCUGGAGCAGUCGCCCCUGGAAGAAGACAUGCCCCUCUUCGAUGAUGUCUUCUCAGAGCAAGAUGGUGUAGACUUCAACACACUGCUACAGAGCAUGAAGAAUGAGUUUCUCAAGACAUUGAACCUGUCUGACAUCCCCACGCAGGACUCUGCCAAGGUUGACCCACCAGAGUACAUGCUGGAGCUCUACAACAAAUUCGCGACAGAUCGCACCUCCAUGCCGUCCGCCAACAUCAUCAGGAGUUUCAAGAAUGAAGAUCUGUUUUCCCAACCAGCCAGUUUUAACGGACUCCGAAAAUACCCUCUCCUCUUCAAUGUAUCCAUCCCUCACCAUGAAGAUAUCAUCAUGGCUGAGCUCAGGUUGUACACCCUAGUGCAAAGAGACCGCCUGAUAUAUGAAGGAGUGGACCGGAAAAUCACCAUUUUUGAAGUACUUGAGAGCAAAGAGGACCAUGAAGGGGAAAGAAGCAUGCUGGUCUUGGUGUCAGGGGAGAUCUACGGAACCAACAGUGAGUGGGAGACUUUUGAUGUCACUGAUGCCAUCAGGCAUUGGCAAAAGUCAGGCUUAUCCACCCACCAGCUGGAGGUCCACAUUGAGAGCAAACACGAAACGGAGGACACACUUGGCAGGGGACACCUGGAAAUAGACACUAGUGCCCGGAAUAAGCACGAUCCUUUGCUUGUCGUGUUUUCCGAUGACCAAAGCAGUGAGAAGGAGCGGAAAGAGGAACUGGAUGAAAUGAUUGCCCACGAGCAAUUCCCAGAGAUGGACAAUCUGGAUUUGGACGGUUAUUCCAAUGGACCUGGGGAAGAGGCUUUGCUGCAGAUGAGGUCGAAUAUCAUCUAUGACUCCACCGCUCGCAUCAGAAGGAAUGCAAAAGGAAACUACUGCAAGAGGACCCCGCUCUACAUCGACUUCAAGGAGAUUGGCUGGGACUCUUGGAUCAUCGCUCCGCCUGGAUAUGAAGCCUAUGAAUGUCGCGGUGUUUGCAACUACCCCCUGGCAGAGCAUCUCACCCCUACAAAGCAUGCAAUUAUCCAGGCCUUGGUCCACCUCAAGAAUUCCCAGAAGGCUUCCAAAGCCUGCUGUGUGCCCACCAAGCUCGAGCCCAUCUCCAUCCUCUAUUUAGAUAAGGGCGUCGUCACCUACAAGUUUAAAUAUGAGGGCAUGGCUGUCUCUGAAUGUGGCUGUAGAUAG